AAUAUCUCGGAAUAUAAUGAAUGAAUGAAUUAAAACGAAUAAAUUUAAAAUUUAACAUUAAAUAUAAUAUACUACUUUAGAGAGAUCCCACAACAAUAAAACCAAUCUAGAUUUUGACCGUUUUUGUUCAAGUGAUCGUUUCAUUUCUAGGCAAAUUAUCCAAUUAAGCUAUGUAACAUGUUCGGUUGUUUUAAGCUUUAUCUUCCUUUUGAUCUAUUGUGCACAUUUUUUCUAGAUUACUUGAUAGCUGGACAUCUUCAAUUUUUUGGAAGUAGUAAAAAAAUGAAUACAAAAAGACAAAUAAAUUGUACAAUCGCUAUCCAGCAUCUAUCAUUCUCCAAGUACGUUUGUUUGAAUUAAACAUUUCCUGAUAAAAGAGAUUGUCACCUUAGAUAACAGCCUCUUAAUAAAGUCUUUUAAAAGUGUUCCUCGAAAUAUCACUUAGUACUCAUCAAAUUUUCAUUAAUUCAAGAUAUUUUUACAACAUUUUAUUAUAAUAUGACAAACUUUUUUUUGUAUCUUUUUAUUGUGACUAAAUAAAUAACCGAGUAAUAUAUCAUCAUACUUAUACAUUAGGUAAGUAUACAUUAUUCAACAUACUUUACUAAUUUUUUUAAUUUGAUGAAUUUUAAAUCGAAGAAGAAAAGAAUAGAGAUUUUUUCGAGUCAGUUAUAAACAGUAUUUGCAAUGCAAAUAAUGUCUCUAAUUAUAAAUUGACAGCCAGUACGAAUCUGUUGCACAAUUGUGCGUGCGACUUAAUCAAAUUUGAUUAGCCGCACGCACUUAGCCAUUAUUUUGUAAUUACAGAAAUUAUUACAAGUACAAGACUAAAUACAAGAUAGUGUUUGUAAAAAAAUCAAUUAUAUCAAGAGAUACGAUAGUAUUUGGAGAGACACGAUAGUAUCUCAUGUCAAGUAAACGCGUAGUGUGAUAUUGUGUGUCUCGAGUUUGAGCUAUUCGAUUUCUGCCUGGCUAGCUGGGGUAUUCUAUAAAAUCAACUGCAAUGUCCAAAUUAACACAUUUGCUGUUAAAACAUAAGUUGAUAAUAACAACACUAAUUGGUGUGACUGUCGGGAUAUCGUGUGGCCUGAGUCUGAAGCAUUACAGUGGUAGAACAUGGUCCCAACGAGAUAUAAUGUACAUUAAAUUUCCUGGAGAGCUGUUUCUCAGAUUGGUGAAUUGUUUAAUAUUACCGCUUGUUACGUCCAGUAUUAUAAGUGCCACUUGCAAUCUUGCCAGAUCUGGACCUGUUGGAUUGAUGGCAUUAUAUUACUAUUUAACGACUACUACAAUUGGAAUAAUUUUAUGUGUCGUACUUGUCGAAACUAUUCGGCCGGGUGAAUUAAUGAGAAGUGAAGAAACUAGUAUACCAACGACCACAAAAACCUUUAUGGCAGUGGAUACAAUUCUGGAUUUGUUUCGCAACCUCCUUCCAGAAAAUUUAAUACAUGCAUGCAUGUAUCAGUAUCAAACCGUUUUAAAACAGCCAGCCAAUACAUCAGUACCAAUAGAAGAAUGGCUAAUAACAAGCGAAUAUGUGGCAGGAACAAAUGUUUUGGGUUUAGUAUUUUACAGUCUGUUAAUAGGUGUGGCAAUCGGAAAGAUAGGUGCAAGCGGGAAACCACUGUCGGACUUUUUUAAUUCUUUAACCGAUGCCAUCAUGAAAAUUAUGACAUGGGUAAUAUUGAUGGCACCAAUAGGCGUGUUAUUCCUUAUUGCUGGUCGAAUGUUAGAAAUAGACGAUUUUAGUGACAUAAUAAACCAUCUCGGAUUUUAUAUCUUAACAGUGUUUGUUGGUCUAACACUGCAAGGUUUUGUAAUUCUGCCUCUCCUUCACUGGAUCGUCACACGUAGAUCCCCGUACAGAAUUAUAUCCAAGCUCGGUCCAGCUUUUGCAACGGCCAUUGGAACAUCGUCGAGCACUGCCACUGUUCCCUAUACGAUAAGAUGUUUAGAAGAUUUGAAUAUAAAUCCAAAAAUAACGAAAUUCAUAAUACCGAUUGGAGCGGCGAUAAAUAUGGACGGGAUAGCUUUGUACGAGACUAUCGGAGCGAUAUUUAUUAUACAAUUGCGUGGGGUACAAUUUUCAUUAUUGAAGACAAUAAUUAUCAGUAUUACAUGUACAGUAUCUUGCGUGGGUGCUGCCGGCAUACCCAGUGGUGGUUACAUGAUGUUAAUAAUGGUGUUAAAUUCUAUAGGAGUACCUGUUGAAGAUGUUAGUUUGAUUAUCGCUGUCGAUUGGUUUGUUGAUCGUUUCAGAACAACAAUCAACAUUAUAGGUGAUUCGCUUGGUGCGAGUAUCAUAUCUCAAUUUUACAAAAAAGAUUUGGAAGAAUACCUGGAAGAAGAGAUAUGUCCGCUGAAAACAAAUGUUUGCGAUAUAUCUAAAACACAUUCCAACAAUAAAAAUUAAAAGAGAUUUAAUAAUAUUUUAUUGUUAGACUUCACAAAAAUAAAAAAAAAUACAGUUAAUUAUUUUAGGUAUCUUAGUCAAUUCUUAUAUUUAAAAGACUAUCUUAAGAUAUUAUAAACCAUCAAUCAAUACAAAAUCGUAUUAUAUAGCCAUAAUCUUAAGAGAUUACUUAAGAUAGUCUUGAAAUAAAGAUCACUAUAAAGAUCAGUCUUGUAAUCUUAAAAAUGUUAUAAGG